UAUGGUGUAGAGCGGGUGAUUCUUAAAGGGGCCGCAGCAACACGCCUCCUCUUCUUCUCCUGUCUGCCAGCUGCUAGCCGUGUGGUCUGCGCGCUCUGCACCAUGUCUGACAAGCUAUCCUACAAAGUUGCUGACAUCACCCUGGCCGAAUGGGGCCGGAAGGCGAUUGAAAUCGCGGAGAAUGAGAUGCCUGGGCUGAUGAAAAUGCGGGAGAUGUACUCCGAGAGCAAACCUCUGAAAGGAGCCCGGAUCGCCGGCUGUCUGCACAUGACCCUCCAGACCGCUGUGCUGAUAGAGACCCUGACUGCGCUCGGUGCGGAGGUUCAGUGGUCCAGCUGUAAUAUCUUCUCUACGCAGGAUCACGCGGCUGCAGCAAUCGCCAAGACCGGGGUCCCAGUAUACGCUUGGAAGGGAGAAACAGACGAAGAAUACCUGUGGUGCAUCGAGCAGACACUCUUCUUUCCUGAUGGGAAGCCUCUCAACAUGAUACUUGAUGAUGGUGGUGACCUCACAAACCUCGUGCACACCAAGCAUCCGGAGCUACUAAAGGACAUUAAAGGCAUCUCAGAAGAGACCACCACAGGAGUGCACAAUCUGUACAAAAUGAAGAGUAACGGGACCCUCAAAGUUCCAGCCAUCAACGUCAAUGAUUCUGUAACCAAGAGUAAGUUCGACAACCUGUACGGCUGCCGUGAGUCCCUAAUUGACGGCAUUAAGCGAGCCACAGACGUUAUGAUCGCAGGAAAGGUGGCAGUCGUGGCUGGCUAUGGGGAUGUUGGAAAGGGAUGUGCCCAGGCUCUGCGAGCCUUUGGUGCCCGUGUCAUCAUCACAGAAAUUGACCCCAUCAAUGCUCUGCAGGCUGCUAUGGAAGGUUAUGAGGUCACCACUAUGGAUGAAGCCAGCAAAGAAGGAAACAUCUUUGUCACCACUACUGGAUGCGCAGAUAUUGUGGAAGCGAGACACUUUGAAGCGAUGAAAGACGAUUCCAUUGUUUGCAACAUCGGCCAUUUCGAUGUUGAACUUGAUGUGAAAUGGCUGAACGAGAACGCAGUUAAGAAAGUGAACAUCAAACCGCAGGUGGAUCGGUACCUUUUGAAGAACGGCAGACACAUCAUCCUUUUAGCCGAAGGGCGUCUGGUGAAUUUGGGGUGCGCCAUGGGUCACCCUAGCUUUGUCAUGAGCAAUUCAUUCACCAAUCAGGUGAUGGCUCAGAUUGAGCUCUGGACCAACAAUGAUAAAUACCCCGUGGGUGUUUAUUUCCUACCUAAGAAGCUGGAUGAGGCUGUGGCAGCUGCCCACCUGGACAAACUCGGGGUGAAGCUCACUAAACUGUCAGACAAGCAGGCCAAGUACCUGGGGAUUGACAAAGAAGGUCCAUUCAAGCCUGACCAUUACAGAUACUGAGAGUCCUCAACGCUGACCCAAAGAUCAAGGAGAACGCAGAUUCGAGCGCACCACCUGUAGAUCACAACAGCUUAGCCCCCCCCCCUGUCAGUUAUAACGGUGCCUGGUUUUGAGAAAUCUCAAGCUCCUAAAACUGGUUAAUUUUGGACAGCUUGUUGUAAUUUGUGAUUUCUUUUUUUAUAUUGUUGGUUCUCCAAUGAAGCACUUGUCUAAAAACUGGCAAAUGUUUUGUUUUGUUACACUGUCUGCUUUCCUUUCUACCUACCUCGGCUUGUUCCUCUUCUUUUGAAGAAGAAGCUGUAGCCUGAAAAUAUCUGAAAGCUCCAGGACCUGUGUCUGCCUAUCCGUAAUCCCCAUAUGUUGUAUGGGUGACUUGUGCUCUCUAACAACAUAAUGGGCGAUUACCGUAUACUGUAGCGUGUCUAAACCAGAUCUGACAAUCCUAUCGGCAACCAAUGUUUUGCAAGAUGUGUUCCUUCAUAAGGGUUUGGUCAAUAUAAGUCAUUGUGAUGUUUCGUA